UGAAUCAGUGCUUCACUCAGUUCCGAGCUUAUAGAAUUAAAUUUAGAUAAGAAAUAAUCAAAAUAUUAUAUUACCUAUAUAAUAUUGUGAACAGUUUGCUGUGGAAUUUACUAAAAUGUUGUGUGCUUACAAGACCUUGUUAUCAAACAGAAGGGUGGUAUUAGCUAGUGCAUCAGAGCGUAGGAAAGAAAUAUUGGGUGGACUUGGUUUUCCUUUUGACGUUGUACAGUCUCCUUUUGAUGAGGACAAAAAUAGACCAAACACCAAUGAUCCAAAAGAAUUUACACAGUGGACAGCAUCCCAAAAAGCUCUAGCAACAAUAGAAGAUAUGAAAACCCAAAGUAAUCCACCAGAUUUUGUAAUAGGAGCUGACACUGUUGUUUUUCUUGAGGAUAAAAUUUUGGGGAAACCAACAGACACUGAAAAUGCUGUGGAAAUGCUGAAAAUAUUAAGUGGAAAUGUUCAUAGUGUUGUAACAGGACUUAGCAUUCAUUACAAAAUGGAAGGUGGAUACAAAGAGAGAUUAACAUCAGAGGUUACCCAAGUUAAAAUGGCUGCACUCAAUGACCUAAUCAUACGUAGCUAUGUGGCAACUGGAGAGCCACUGGGUAAAGCAGGGUCGUAUGGAAUACAAGGUCUAGGUGGAAGUCUGAUUGAGGCAAUCAAUGGAGAUUAUUAUAAUGUGGUUGGAUUUCCUCUUCACCGAUUCACUGCUGAAAUGGUUAGCAUUUUACAAGAAAUUAAAGAAGCAAAUAAUUAACCAGUCAAGAACUUUCUCCCAUAAAACAAUGCUUUCUUUUCAAAUGCUGGUGAUCUUAUUGGAGUAUUGAUUUCAUAAAAUGGAUUCAUUGAAUGCUGAAAUACAGAUUUUAAAAUAUUGGGAAUUAUCA